AUGACUGACAAUCAAACAGUGACUCGCUUCGAACUUUUACCCAAUGAAAUUCUCAUCCAAUGCUUUCAACAUCUCGAUGCUUUACAAAUCUUUUCUUCAUUCGAUCAAUUGAACUCUCGUUUCAACGAACUGAUUCGAUGCAUUCCACUCCAUCUUCACUUUCGGAACUAUCCACAUUCACUAUGUCAACGAUUUUGUGAUGAAAUGCUACGAAAUCCUUCCAUGAGGGAAUCUAUUCAUUCAUUGCAUUUGUCCAACAAAGAUGAAGGAAUGUGGAUUGAAUUCUUUCUUGAAAUGUUUGCCUUUGAAACGUUUCCCAGUCUCCAAUCGUUAACUUUGAUCGAUGCCUAUCACUUCAAUCAUUCCGCACUGCUACAAAUGCUCUGGUCUGUCCCUUCAUUGCAAUGUUUUCAUCUGAAAGAUUCUAAUAUUGAUCUGAACGAGAUAUUUUCUCAAGUACGUCGUUUUCCCAUACGAACAUUGACUCUUCCUCGAUUAUCGAGAUAUGUCACAUUGUUACAAUACUUUGUACCCCUAACAAGUUUGACUAUAGAGACCUGUAAUCGGUACCAAUUACUUCAAGUAUUGAAUGCUAUACACACUUUGAAAUAUCUUCAAAUCAAUAACUUAUCGAGAGAAGCAGAAGAAUCUGACAGAUAUGACUUGGAAAAAUUCACUCAUUCUCUUCAACAUUUGGUGAUCAACAACAGUCACUAUCGAUUCAACGAUAUUGAAAUGAUCAUCGUGCACACACCAGACUUACGUCGUUUGACAUUGUUUGUUGAUUUCCAGUUUAAUUGGUUCAGUAGUGACGAAUGGAACCAUUGGUUUCAUACUUACCUACCACGUCUGCAGAUUUUCAAGUUUUGUUUUCGAUUUCACCGCAGUAAAUAUCCAUCAAAUGUCGAAGAAGAUUUAACGGCAUUUCAAAAUAGUUUGCAGCCCUACAUACGUCAUCAUUCGAUCGAAUGUUUCUUAUCAAGUUGUAGAGGAAUGAUCUACACCGUCCCCUACGCAUUUUCAACGUUCAAAUUCCACGCAGGGAUGCGACGAUUUCAUCAUACGACUAUCGACGGCGAGAAUACCUUUGGUCGUGUCAGACAAUUGAAGAUCUGUACGAAUGAGGUGGAAAGAUAUGAUUAUCAUCAUUAUCGUCGUUUUUCUCACCGUGAACCACGACGAUCGCCUUUCAAUGAAGAAUAUAUAUUCGAACCUUUGAGACCGGAUGAUAUCCAAUGUAUAAUCGAAAAUUUCUCUCAUGUGAAACAUCUCGAUGUUUCAAAGUUUUCCAGACAACAAAAUCCCUCAGUACUUAUGGAAAUCCUGAGAAGAACACCGCACGUCACUUCAUUAACAAUGACUUCUGAUACUUUGAUAUCAUCGCUGGAGAAUACUGAAUUACGUCAGUAUCUGCAGCGAAUGAUUCGCAAACUAACGAUUACGAACUCAUUGUAUUCCUCGUACGAGAAUAACAUUCAAUGGCAAUUAUGUGUGGUAUUUACAAAUCUUCAACAACUGACAUGUACUUUUCGGGAAGAACGUUACGUGACGUAUUUCUUAACUCAUUUACCGAAAUUAAUCCGUGCACAAUUUACUGUUACCGAAUGGAAUCAGUCUUCUCAAGCAUUAUCAUUGUACGCCAGUUUGCGUCAAUCAGGCAUGUAUAUUCAUAUGGAGUAUAGUGAAAACAGACCUGAACAAAUCACCUGUUGGAUCAAUAGAGAAACGACAGACAAUUGA